AUGGGACGAGGCCCGCCAGGCGGGCCAGGGGGGCCGUUUGGUGGGCCGCUGCCGCCCGUGCUCAUCCCCGUGCCUGGUGCUGGCCCCCUAGGUCCAUUCCUGCCAGCCCCGCCAGACGUGGCAGCGCGCAUACUGAGGGACCCCUCCUUCCGCCCGCCGCCAUCCCUCUUCGACGGCUUCGACGGCCCACCACCCCCGCCGCCCUUCGACGGGCCGCCCCUCGACCUGCCCCCUGACGCCCCACUCCCCCCCGCCUCCGGGCCCGCGGGCCCUGCUCCUGGCGGAGAGGAGGGGCGCUCCCCCCCUCCCCCCUCGGGGGCCGGGGGAGGGGCGCGAGGGGAGGCAGCACGUGGGAGAGGAGGGGCAGGAGGGAGGGACGGGGGAGGGGGGAGGGCAAGAGGGGGACGGGAGGGGCCGUAUGGCAGCCCGGGGAGGUUUGGGGGGAUGGGCAUGGGGAUGAGAAGCAUGGGCAUGGGCAUGGGCGGGAUGGGGAUGGGCAUGGGCAUGGGGCCGAUGGGAAUGAUGCCGAUGAUGGGCGGGCCUCCUCAUGACCCCCGCGGCAUGCGCAGCUAUCGCGACUUGGAUGCACCGGAUGACGAGUCCACGUCACUCUAUAUCGUGCGUCUGCGCUCCGCCCUUCCCCUCGCCGCGUAUCGGGGCGGAAUAACGAGCUUCCCGGGAUGGGUGGACGACGAUGACGACGAAUCUGCUGGUCCGUCUGGUCUGCGUGCGACGGUGGCGACCAUUGCGCACGAGGCGGCGACGCUGGCCGGCAGAAUUCCGCGGCGCGCGCGGCUGACCAUGGAGAACCCGCAACUCAAGGCCUACGCGCAGAUGCUGGAGUCGCAGCAGAUGCAAAUCGCGUCUGACGUGGGCGUGACGUCAGACCGCAUCGUGUACAAGUACGUGGGAGUGACGCCGCUCACCAUCGACUCGCCCACCUUCCUCGCCAUGCGCGCCCCCGGGUCGCUGUGGCCCGCCAAUGGCGGGCAGGCGAGCGCGGGCGAGGGCAUGGUGGUGGGCGUGGUGGACUCGGGCGUCUGGCCGGAACACCCCUCCUUCACCCAUGCCGGCUUCCCGUCCUCGCGUCCUGCUGGCUGGUCGGGCAAGUGCGACACGACGAGCGAGUUCAAGUGCAACAACAAGGUGAUUGGCGCGCGGGGUUUCUACAAGGGCUUUAAGGAGGACACUGGUGGGCCGGACUUGUCGAAAGACUGGCUGUCGCCUCGCGAUUCGUUCGGCCACGGCACAUGGUGUGCAGGGUACGUGGUGUGCAGGGUACGUGGUGUGCAGGGUACGUGUUGUGCAGGGUAUGUGCGUGGUGUGCAGGGUAUGUGCGUGGUGUGCAGGGUAUGUGCGUGGUGUGCAGGGUAUGUGCGUGGUGUGCAGGGCAUGUGCGUGGUGUGCAGGGUAUGUGCGUGGUGUGCAGGGUAUGUGCGUGGUGUGCAGGGUAUGUGCGUGGUGUGCAGGGCAUGUGCGUGGUGUGCAGGGCAUGUGCGUGGUGUGCAGGGUAUGUGCGUGGUGUGCAGGGUAUGUGCGUGGUGUGCAGGGUAUGUGCGUGGUGUGCAGGGCAUGUGCGUGGUGUGCAGGGUAUGUGCGUGGUGUGCAGGGCAUGUGCGUGGUGUGCAGGGUAUGUGCGUGGUGUGCAGGGCAUGUGCGUGGAGCUUCAAGUGGGGCGCCUUCUUCGGCGUGCAGGCGGACGUGGAGGCGGCAGUCAACCAGGCUGUGGCGGACGGCGUGGACGUGCUCUCGCUGUCGCUGGGCGGGGUGGAUGCCACACAGACCUACUUCUCCCACAUGCCCUACCUCGCUGCCAACCUCGCGGGGGUGCUCGUGGCAUUCGCAGCGGGCAACGGUGGCGCGCCGGGCUAUGACCCAAGCGAUGCAGCUCGCAGCAACGCAUCAUCCGCCUCAGCGACCCCAGCAGCCACGGCCUACCCUGCCGUUGCCGAUUUCUCCGCCACCGGACCCCUCAGGGACCCUUCCACUAACGCCACCGCCACUCUCCCCACCAACAGCAUCUUAAAGCCCGACAUCGUCGGACCGGGCGUGGAUCUCUACGCUGCUUGGCCCGCUGAGAAGGUGGGGAAGCCCGGGAGCUAUGCACAGCUGUCGGGGACGUCGAUGUCAGCGCCUCACUUGGCGGGCAUCGCUGCUCUCAUCAUGCAGAAGCACCCCUCGUGGAGCCCCGCUCAGGUCAUGUCGGCCAUUAUGACCACCGCCACGACCACAGACACCAGUGGUGCUGCCAUCGAUAAUGGGUAUGGUGAGGCUGCUACCCCGUGGGAGAUGGGGUCUGGCCAUGUGUUCCCAUCCAAGGUGCUAAAUCCUGGGCUCACGUACGACGCCCAGGCAGCUGCUUAUCGGAAUUUUCUAGCCGGGCAGAGUAUGAAGCAAGCACAGAAGCACUUCCCAGGAGCUAGGCUUACGGCAAUUGCUCCUCGCGACUUGAACCGCCCAAGCAUCUCAGUCUCCCAGCUGAAAGGGACGGCGACAACCAACAGGACGGUUACAAACGUUGCUGAUUCCUCGUCCACAUAUACAGCUAUCAUAAAGCCUCCUAGUGGAGUCUCCGUCACAGUUUCACCCAACAAAUUUACAAUUGCUCCCGGUAAAAGAGUAACAUUCAUGGUGACCUUUAAAGUGAUCAAUACGUUUGAGAGCUUCCAGUUUGGAAGCGUAACAUUGGUCGAUGGUAAUGGGCACUCUGUGAGAACGGUGCUUGCAGUUCAACCCAUAAGGAAGUGA